AUGGGAAAAAGAAUUACUCUAAUAUUUUUGUUUGUGAUAACCUUUCUUGUUUUGAGUAGUGUAGAUGUGAAAACUAAAGCUAUACAAAAUUUAUCAGAAGUCGACAGGAAAUUGAUGGUUCUGAACAAGCUAGCAAUCAAAAGUAUUAAGAGUGAAGAUGGAGAUAUUAUUGAUUGUGUUGACAUCUACAAGCAACCCGCUUUUGAUCACCCUGCAUUAAGGAACCAUAUAAUUCAGAUGAAACCGAAUAAUAGUUUUCCAUUUGACACUACCAUUAGUUUUAAAAACGAGUCAUCUCUGCAAGUGUUGUCUCAAACUUGGCACAAAAGUGGAAGUUGUUCAAAGGGAACCAUUCCCAUUCGUAGAAUUAGUAGGCAAGAAUUAUUAAGGGCUACUUCCCUCGAGCACUUUGGAAGGGAAGGACCACGGACUUCCUCUAUUGUAAAUUCAACAAAUGACAAAAGUAGUGGCAAUAACGGCAGCAAAAUCCAAGUCUUUCCUCCACCCAACCACUCGGCGGCAUAUCUUUUUACAAAAGGAUAUGGUUUUGUGGGUGCUAGAGGAGUUAUAAAUGUCUGGAAUCCAAGAGUUGAUUCGCCCGAUGAAUACACUACUGCUCAAAUUUGGAUUAAAAAUGGCCCUAACGAUGGUUUUGAAAGUAUUGAAGCAGGAUGGAUGAUGGAUGCGUACCAGAAGACAGGUUGCAUUAAUCUCAUUUGCUCUGGGUUUGUACAAAUCAACCCAAGGUACGAAUUAGGUGCACCUAUUCAACCUACAUCACAAGAACGAGGAAAACAAUAUGAGAUCCAAAUCCAAAUUUACCAGUUACCAGAAACCAGAAAAUGGUGGCUAGUAUAUGGAGAAGACAAGGUGAUAGGGUAUUGGCCCUAUGAAAUCUUCAAUCAUUUGCAAAGGAAAGCCAGAAUAGUUCAAUGGGGAGGGGAUGUUAAUAGCAAAAACAUCAAGGGAGUUAAACCCCACACUACAACAGCCAUGGGGAGUGGAAAUUAUGCAUAUGGUUUGUGGGGAUCAGCAUGUUACAUUGAUAGACUUAGAAUCGUGGAUUAUAACCUCCUUACGAAGUACCCUAUAUGGGUACGUAGUAAUGCCGAGGAACCCAAUUGCUACACUGCUCUUAAUUACCAAAAGAGUCUUGCAAUUGAGCCUGUGUUCUACUUUGGAGGGCCUGGUGGAGGUCUUUUUUGUCCAUGA